AUGGACCCGGCGUCCAUCGGGCUCCCGCCACCCCCUAAAUCUCUACGCUCAUUGCUCAACUUCAAUAGUCAUCAGUUGAGAGAAAUGGGAAGAGCUCAUGUGAUGCGGAUUCGGAUACAGCAGGACGUUGACAGGAGACAAAGACCGCAGUCUCCACCGCUAGGCUGGAACGGAAACGGCGACUCACCGAACGGGGGCGGUAGGCGACCGUCCGGCCACCGAUCUGUCUACGAAAAUCAAGAUCCCAUUCUGCGGCUCGAAGCCAAAAUGGCUCUUCUUCGCAGAGAGAUGGUGGCUCUACGUCAGACUGACAUGUCACUCCUGUGUCAGCUGUGGUCGGUCAACGAGAUGGUGCAGGACAUGAAACAGAACGGUGAAUUGGAGGAGCUUUUCGACGAGGACGCCAUGGAAACUCCCGAAGCUCAACAGGCCUAUCUCGAAUACCGCGCUCAACUCCAAGAGUACAAUCAGCUGCUCGAAGCCCAUCAAGCGUCUUUCAGAGAAGCCGGAACCCUCAGCGAGAGCAGCUCUUCAUCCGGAGCCGAGAGUGCGCUCGGUACCCCGGACAAAUGAGUCUGAACGAGCCUCCUACGCCAACUUUCAACUGCGGCGCGGAACGUCGACGUCGCCUUCGAUGUCAGCGCCUCGCACCUCCCUCGCCUGAGUGUAGCACACGCUCAAGAAAAACACAAACCUCAACUCAUGUAGAUCUCGCUGCUCCACGGAAGCAUGCAUGGCCUGCCGGUCCCGCGGACCGUCAUGUCCAGAGAGUCCUGAACCAAAGCGAAUAGUUCCUUUUUUGCGAUCUAGCAUCGCUUGCUAGCCAAAGCUUUUACGUAGCGGCUUGUUCCUCUUGCGUCGAUUUUUAUGACAUCCCGCGUACGAA